AUGAAUACUGCAAAAUUUCAUAAUCGAAGUUUAUCUCACUCUAAAAUCAAAAGCACAAAUAGAAUUAUCAAUGGUUAAUUUAGUGAACCAAAUCAAUUAAGCUCUAGCAUUUUGCAGUAAACUCAUGAAUAACAUUCUUUCCCAAAAGCCAAACGGUUUCAAUCUGUUUCAAGAGAAUCAACUCCAAAAAUGCUAUUGUUAAGUGAUACAAAAACAAAAAGAUCAACAUCAUUUGGAUUUGGUAUCAAACUUAUAAAACCUUUGGAUUUAGAAAGAAGAGAUAAAUUAAAUCCUGCUCCUGGAGACUAUUAAUUAAAAACUUUCUAAAAUACAAAAUCAUUUACCUUUGGAAAUAAGUUAACUAAAAUUGAACGUUAAUAAGUACCAGGUCCAGGAUAAUAUUAGUAUAAAUUACAAUCAAAAACACCUUAAUUUAGCAUCUAUGCAAAAAUAUUGUAUCAUUAUUUAUAUAUUUAUAGAGAAAAAUAAGUAUUACCCAAAUAAUCAGCAUCAUUUGUUACUUAUAAUCCAAAAGAAGCUUUAACAUUAAAUUAAAGAUUUAAUAAAAUAAGUUUUGGUAUUGGGGAUAGACCAAAAUAAACUUUUAAUGAAUAAAUUCCUGGACCAGGAUCCUAUCAAUGUAAAUCCCUCUUUGAUUUAAUUUGUGAAAGAAGAAAAUUGAAAGUUUCAACUUGA